AUGAGCAGCUCCGACCUCGACCUCGACGCGCCCACCGAGUCGACCUACGUCUCGGACAAGCACCGCAAGCAGCAGCAGCGCCGCGACGCCCUCGCCCGCCUCAAGCACCGCGACCGCUCCUCGACGCGUCCAACUCCUCGCUUCCUCGGCGCCCAGAACAACAACGACGACGACGACAACGACGAGCAAGAGCUCGACUCGACCCAGGACGUCGACUUUGAGCAGUGGGAGCGCCGGGACCUCGAGCGCCGCAGGGAGCGCACAAAGGCCGACGCCCCACCACGACCCGCCCGCGAGUCGGACCCGGCCCUCUCGCGCGCGUUCGACGACCUGUUCGACCUCGACACCCCGGGCACGGGCGAGCCCGCCGCCACCGCGCUCGACGUCGACGGCACGGCGGUCGACGUCGACGGGCUCGACGCCGAGGGCGCGCCGGCAAAGAAGCGCCGCGUCGUCGCCAAGAUGGACGAGGUGCGCCUCCUCGGCCCGAGUGGGUUCCCGCGGCUGCGCGACGACCUCAAAAAGGUCCGCAUCAAGGGCAAGGGCCACGAGCUGCAGGACCUCAAGCGCGUCCUGAGCACGUACCAGCUGUGGGCGCACCAGAUGUACCCAAAGACCAACUUUCGCGACACUUUGACGACGAUCGAGAAGCUGUGCCACAAGCGCACCGUCCAGCGCGCCCUCAAGGAGUACCGCGACGACGAGAAGCACGGCCGGUCCAACGCCGACGCCGAGCGCGAGCGCGACGCGUUCGCCGACCUCGACCUCCCGUCGACCGGCACCGGCGCCGGCGCUGGGCGGGCAGCACCGGCGACGAUGCCGGGCAGCAGGGACCUGCUCGCCGCUGCCGGGUUCGACGACGACGCCGACGACUUUUCCGGCGGUGCGGGAGAGGGAGGAGGGGAGGAGGAGGAGGACGACUUUCUCGCCGACGAGGAGGCGCUGCUCGCUGAGCUCGAGGCCGAGGCGACGGCUACGGCGGCAGCGGCGGGCAGGACAGGAGCGGCGACAGGAGCGGGAGUCGGAGCGAGCGCGGCAGGUGCGAGCAGGGAGCGGGUGCGGCUCGUCGAGGAGGAGGGCUUUGACGCCGAGGAGGAGGUCGACGAGGACGCAGAGGCCGAGGCGGCGAUGCGCGAGGCGGAGGAGGCGCUCAUGAUGUAG